ACGUCUCUCGCCGGCGUGUGCGUCGUCACGGUCGGAAGUACGGCGAGCAGACGGUCCGCGGUGAUGGAGCUCUGUCCGGGGAGACGGCGCUCACCAUGAUGCGGUGAUGUGUGACACCUCCGCGGACAUUAUGCACGCUCGGCUCCGCUGACACGCGAUGUGACUCCGGAUUCAGAGUCAGGUAUGACUCGUGUUUAGCUGGUAGCUGUAGCGUUCACAUCCACCCAGCUGCUGCUGCAGAGAUCCUGCAGGCGGAGGCAGCUGAUCGGCUGCAGCAGCGGCACCACAGAGCCCGGAGAGAAGAGGAAAGAUGAUGAUGAGGCCUUAAAUGUCAGAUCGGCGACGACGUGUGCGUUCAGUCAUCUAAUCCAGGUACUGUCAGUGAUGGACAGACAUGGCGUCGCAGCUCCAGGUGUUCUCCUCUCCCUCUGUGUCCUCCAGUGCCUACUCUCGUUCAAAGAGGCUCAAGGUAGAGAACCCUGCCUGGGAUGCGUCCAACCAGCUGGGAGACAAUGGUUACUACCAGCAGAGCCCCACCCAGGGAGCUGCACCCUCCACCUCUGGCUCCAACUUCAACCCAGUGUACAACUCCAACCAGGUGCACCCGCCGACGGCCGGAUCACGGGAGCAGACGGUGGUGCGGGCGGCAGACAGCACAGGCAGCCUUCGUGGACCUCCCUCCUCCUCUUCGUCGUCCUCCUCCUCCAGCCGUCGCGUCAAGGAUGCCGAGUCGUCCUCCCAGCCGUGCGACCUCUACCUCAAGCAGUACAGCUUGAAGCGGAAGAGCGAGGAGGUGGACAGCAGCGACAGCGUCCAGAUCCUGGAGGAGCUCUCGGCCCCCGUGGUCUCAAACCGCACCGGUGGUGGAGGGGGCACCACCACGGCUCAGUCCAUAGCACAUUCCACUUCAACCACAAAGAGCAGCAACUCCCACAGCGAGGGCGACUACCAGCUGGUCCAGCACGAGAUUCUGUGCUCCAUGUCCAACAGCUACGAGGUGCUCGAGUUCCUGGGACGCGGCACCUUCGGCCAGGUGGCAAAAUGCUGGAAGAGGGGCACAAAUGAGAUAGUGGCGAUCAAAAUCUUGAAGAAUCAUCCUUCUUACGCUCGGCAAGGUCAAAUUGAAGUGAGCAUCCUGAGCAGGCUGAGCACAGAGAACGCCGACGAGUUCAACUUUGUCCGCUCGUACGAGUGUUUCCAGCACAAGAACCACACGUGCCUUGUGUUCGAGAUGCUGGAGCAGAACCUUUACGACUUCCUGAAGCACAGCAAGUUCAGCCCUCUGCUGCUCAAAUGUAUACGGCCUAUUCUGCAGCAGGUCGCCACGGCGCUGAUGAAGCUGAAAAGCCUGGGGCUGAUCCACGCCGACCUGAAGCCUGAGAACAUAAUGUUAGUGGACCCUUUGAGGCAGCCGUACAGAGUGAAAGUCAUUGAUUUCGGCUCGGCCAGCCACGUGUCCAAAGCGGUUUGCUCCACCUACCUGCAGUCUCGAUACUACAGAGCUCCGGAGAUCAUUCUGGGCCUCCCGUUCUGUGAAGCGAUCGACAUGUGGUCUUUGGGAUGUGUCAUUGCUGAGCUGUUCCUGGGAUGGCCUCUUUAUCCGGGUGCCUCAGAGUACGAUCAGAUUCGUUACAUCUCACAGACGCAGGGCCUUCCAGCAGAGUACCUGCUGAGUGCAGGAACCAAGACCAGCCGCUUUUUCAACAGAGGCCCCGACUCCAGCUACCCCCUCUGGAGACUCAAAACGCCUGCGGAGCACGAAGCAGAGAUGGGUAUCAAGUCAAAGGAGGCAAGAAAAUACAUCUUCAACUGUCUGGAUGAUAUGAUGCAGGUGAAUAUGACAAACCUGGAGGGGACGGACAUCUUGGCAGAGAAGGCAGACAGACGGGAGUUCAUAGACCUGCUGAAGAAGAUGCUGACACUAGACGCAGACAAACGGAUAACGCCCAUGAAGACUCUGAACCACCCCUUCGUCACCAUGACACACCUGCUGCACUUCCCUCACAGCUCACACGUGAAGUCCUGCUUCCAAAACAUGGACAUAUGCAAACGCAGAUGCAGCGCAUUCGAAAAUGGAAAAAACAUGUUUGCCAGCAACAACACCCCGAGUGCAGCCACCAACCUCACCGUCACCUUCAGUAGCCAACUAAACCAGCACAAUCAGAUGGCCUCUACAGGAGGCCAGUCUCUGUCCCUCAGCAGCAACGUCCCAUUGCUGAACUACCAACCUGGUCUCUACCAGCAGGCCACCAUAAACAUCCCCGGUCUGACCCAGCAGGGUGUUCCCCUGCAGACCAGACCCACCCAGCUCUGCACCCAGACCGAACCCUUCCAGCAAACACUCAUAGUUUGUCCCCCCACCAUCCAGGGUCUUCAAACAUCCAAUAAACCCUCCGGUUACCCAGUAAGGAUGGACAACUCAGUACCUUUAGUCCCUCAGAACCAGUCGUCCCAGUCUCUUCACAUUCAGCCCAGCAUGUUGGCACAGGCCUCCCUCAACCCCCUCCUGAUAAGCAGCCUGUACGCCUCAGUGGCGGGAAUGCCGCGUUUAGACUCGGUCCGACUGCCAGUUGCCUGUCAGUUGGGUAAAAGCCUUGGCGGCUUACUGGAUCAGAAUGCCUCCAUGCUGCAGGGCUGGCCAGCAGGCACACAACAGAUCCUCAUUCCUUCCACAUGGCAGCAGAUGCCAGGCAUGGCCAUCCACAAUCCCGGCCAGGCCGUGGUGCCCGACUCACCCAUGGGAGCCUCCGUCUCUGACAGUCAACCAGCUUCUGGCUGGAGGGGUCGUCAUGGAAGCCAGUACGAUGGCGGCAGUCAGCAGGACUCUGGCGCCGGCCGUCACGCUGCCUCCCAAAGCCACAACUCAGGGGCAGCUCACUCAAGAGCCCAACAGGGCAAGAGGUCGAAGCUUCGACAUGCAGAGAGCAGAGCCAGGCCUGUGUCUUCAGUGCAUUCGGCCACCGCUGUAGUCCACAACACUGCAAGUUUUGCUGGUGACCAGUCUCAGCCCAUCGUCAUCUCUGACACGCCUAGCCCUGCCGUCAGCAUCAUCACCAUCCACAGCGACUCGGAAGACGAGGAUGACAGGAAGUUCCCCGCCGCCUGCUCUGGAACAAGCCAGAGGACAAACGUGAUCAGCUGCGUGACGGUACACGACUCCCAUGACUCUGACUCCUCCACCAGCAGCCCCCUGAGCCCCAAGACCACCACCCAGCCUGCCAAGUCUCUGGCCAUCGUCACACCCUCUGUGAAGAGCCAGCCAGGGGAGAGCACAACCCACAAAGCCCCAGCUGCUCCAGUAGAACAAGCUACAAGUGGCUCUGGAAAGUCCAAGAAGGGGUCAACUCAGCAGUCCAGUCGGCCAGGAGACUCCAACACUGAGCGCCAUCAACGGGCUGCAUCCAGCAGAUCUCAGCCUCUAAACCUGAGUCAGGUACAGCAAUCCGUAAUGUCAUCAUCCAGCGACCAAUCGGGAAGCACCGGUUCCCUGAGGCGACAGAUCACGUAUCCUCCUCCCGUCUCCUCCCACUCAUCUUACAACACCCUCUUCAGCUCGACCCCGAACCUGUACGCCUACCCGGCGUCUGCCGCCCUCGCCUCUGUGUCCCAAGCUGUGGACCAGAUGCAAGGCGGCUCGUCCCGCCACGGCAGGGCGAGCGGAGCUUACUCCUCCCUGGCGCUGCUCCAGAAGAAUGGCAGCCUGGCUUUAGGAGGGUCUGCUCCGGGACAGUACGGCAACCACCAACAACAGCAGCAGCAGCAGCAGCAGCAGCAGCAGCAGCAGCAGCUGGGAGGGCAGCCUUUCCACCACGCCAGUGCUACUUACCAGCGAAAACUCAACCAGUACCCCUACCUGUAAAGACUGACGGCUGAUUGAGACCGAAGCAUGAAGACCAAAUGGAGACCGAGACUAGAGAGGAGCACAAGCUCGUCACAGGUGACUGUGAUUCGACUUGUUUAACUCGACAUUUAUGUCCUUAUUUCUCUGAUUAUUUCCGAUCAAAUGAUCAGAAUGUAUUUAUACUUUAAUCAUGGUCAGUUCUUUUAAAUCCAGUUUCUUUGCGUUGCAUACAGCAUGUUAACAGCGACGAACAGUGCAGUCUGGAAGUACGCGAGCAGUGGAUUUGUUGACAUGACACAAUAAGUACGAGGUUAAAGUGUUGACUUUCACGCGACGUCGACGUCCGCGCCCUUAAAUUGAAGCGAGCAGGAACUGUAGCCCCUUUUUAUACGGUCCCUAAACUUAAGGGACCAAAAACAGCUGAAAAUUCUACUUACAGACUGCAAUGUUUUGAUUUUUUAGCGUGUUAAGACUUAAAAUUUUUUGUAUUAAUUUGAGAUUAUGUGUGUUGAGGAGAAACUGAAACUUGCUGCUCUGAAUUAUUAUUAUUAUAAUUAGUGAUAUUAUUGUCAGAAUCAUCAAAUAAUUGUUUCAGAGUUGCAUUUAUAUAUACACACACACGAUGUCUUUUACUUUAAACUUCGGUACAUCGGCACGUCGUGAUAAGUUAGCUGAAUACAUUGUAUGUUUCAUUUAUGAAUGUAACGUGUGUGUGUUUUAUCUGUAUUAUGAAAAAACUGAAGAAAGUAAGCUAUGUACUGUACAAUGAUGUGUCACUGUGUUCUUCAAGCGUUCUGUUUUAGUACUGGCCAUCGACUUGAUUCUAUUUACCCGUUUAGUGCGUUGAACGAUGCAGUAUGUUUCGGCGUAGAGUAGGGUGUGGUAUCGGGACUGUUGUGUUUUUUUUUACGGUUUUAGAGUUAACCUUAAGGUUGCAUGUGUCUGACAUGGAGUAGCAUUCAGGACAGGUUCGUAAACUGCAGGUGGAUUAUUAAUGUCGCGUUUGAUUUGUAUGACAAACACGUUAAUUAAGAUAUUGGGGGAAAAUGUAAAAGCUCUUGUCUUGUGAAGUGAUGUUUGUGAAGUAAAGCGUGCACAUAAAAUCUGAUUGAUUCAUGUAAAGAGAAAAGAGAAAAAAAUCAAAGCCAUUUAGAGUGCAACUGUUAAAUUCACAGUGAUGCGUUUUUUUUUUCCAAUUGUGAAUAAUCAAAUCUGACGAAGAUGAUUUAUAAAAAAAUAUGAAUCGAUGUUCAGUAUGUAACCGCUUCUAAACAAAUCAUUGGUUUUGGUGAAAUGAUGGUUGUUCUUAAAAAUCCUGCUGUGUUGUGAAGUGCUACAUUACAUAGAACACACAAUGAACCUUAAACCGUAUGUACGCAAUAAAAUCUGCUCAAAACAGAA